AUGCUCGCCGGCAACAUGCAGCUUGUCUACGCCCUCACCAUAUUUUGCUCACUGCCCCAGUUUGCAACACCGGCCUUAGCAGAAUAUACAAACCCCUCUGCGGAUCUAGAAUCCAAAGAGGCUGACACUUCUCCACCGUUACCAGGAAAGCUCAUCCUACAGCGUAAUGCCGCGGUAACAUCACAGCUCGCAGCAGGACCCGCCCUGGGCGUGAAGAAAAUGAGCGACGACGAAGGCGAGAAAUUCUUCUUCGACUACUGGAGCUUUGGGGAUGUCUCUUCGACAGGUAACAUAGCUGAGCGACACCUCUCCGAUGAAGAUGGAUUUUCCCCCGCGCGCUUUGUGGCCCAAUCUUACCCAUUCGGGCCAUCUUAUUCCUUGGGCUCUGGUGGAGACAGUCAAUUCCUUCCUCGGGAAAACAAUGACAGCACAAACAAUCUGUUCGAAAAACGAGACUUCAAGUGCCCAACUGGGACGUCGGCGUGCACAUCUAUCGGUCGAUCCGAUCGCUGCUGUGGGUCCGGGGAGACAUGUGAGAUCGUCGCUGAUACGGGGCACGGCAACGUGGGCUGCUGUCCUAGCUGGAAGACAUGCUCUGGGAUGAUCGGGUCGUGUGCAUACAUCACUGUUAUUACAGUAACUCUUCAUUCGACCGUGGUGUUGUCUACUGUGACCUACUCGACAAAACCGCAGGAUAGUUCUUCCACUUACACUCCCUCCUCUUCCUCGACGAGCCCUUCCCAUAGCAGCCAGACAACAACAAACGAUAGCUUGGCACCGCCAGCGCGGCCUACGAACCUCUCAACAGUAACCAGUGUUACCCGCAGCGAUGAUGUCUGUCCGACUGGUUUCUAUGCCUGCUCCGCCGUCUACUUGGGUGGUUGCUGCCGAACUGGACGGGACUGCGAUACGACCUCAUGUCCGAUCACCUCUUCGACGACCAUUGUAUCAGAUGGCGUGACGAUUAUAGCGCCUGUCGCGACAACAACGCAACACUCUGGCGGGAACCGGUGUGCUCAGGGCUGGUUUCACUGUGCUGACACCGUGGGCGGAGGAUGCUGUCCCAUUGGUUUCGCCUGUGGUGCUAGCUGUACUGCAAGGGAUAUCGCGUCUGGGACGACUGUCGCCAAGGAACAAGCGACUGCGACUAACGGAGAUGGUGUGGGGUAUCGGGCGGAGACUUACCGGCUGCUGCACUCGGACCUGAUCACCGAAUCUCGCCGACACCGGCAAAACCUCCGCUUUUCUCACUUCUUCUUUCUCCCAACCCUCGUUCUUUAA